AUGGACGCAGGAAAUGUGGGGAGGCGAUCGGGCUACAGGGGCCAACAGCAGGGAGUAGCUGCAAGUGCUGAUGCUGCUGCUGCUGGUGCUGCUGCGGGUGAAGAACGUUUGAACAGAAGAGCAGCAGCAGCAAGACCAGCAGCAGCUGCUGCUGCUGCAGAGGCAGACGCAGCAGCAGAUGGAUCUGCUGCUGAAGCCCCACAAGAGGGAUAUUUCGAGGAGGGUUACGACGAUGCGGAGACAAUCUAUGAGCUGAGUGCUGCUGCUGCUGCUGACUUCCUGCAGCAGCAGCUGCAGCAGGGAGCAGCAGCAGCAGCUGCUGCUGCAGGCCCGUCAGGCCAAUACCGUCUGUUGCUGCAGCAGAUGCCAGAGGGACCCGAAGCAGCAGCAGCAGCAAGAGCAGCGCAGCGCAGCAGCAACCCUUGGGAGCGCUCGUCAGAUGUGCAGCAGCAGCCUCUCUCCGUUUCUGCCUGGGAGUCUGUAUUAGCAGCAAGAGGAAUCAGUUAUUCAGCAGCAACAGCAGCAGCAGCAGCAACAGCAGCAGCAGAAGGGGGCUUGUCCUCGUCAGUAGAGGCAGGUGAAGCGCCGCAGGAAGCUGCCUCUGCACCAGCAGCAGCAGGAGGAGGCGCAGCAGCAGCAGCAGCAGCAGGAACAGCAGCAGCAGCAGCAAAUAGAAUUCUUUCUUUUCAAGAUCUAGGGAUUCUGCCUCCUCUGCUGCGAGCCCUUACAGCACAAUGUUAUAACGUGCCUACGCCUGUGCAAGCAGCAGCUCUACCUGUCACUCUAGCUGGCCACGACGCUGUGAUUCAAGCAAAAUCAGGAACGGGUAAGACAGUUGCGUUUGCGCUGCAUGCAUUGCAGCUGCUGCUGCUUGCUGCGGAGCGAGAGGAGCCGGCAGCAGCAGCAGCAGCAGCGGCCGCAGCGACAGCAGCAGCAACAACCCCAGCAGCAGCAGCAGCAGCAGCAAACACUGCAACAGCAGCAGCAGCAGCUGGAGUCUCAGCACAGUUCUUUGGCUUCGCCCUCGUCGUUGCUCCCUCGCGUGAACUCGCAGCACAAACCCGCAGUGAAAUCCAAAGCCUAGGCGCCCACAUCAAACAAAUC